AUGUAUUCAAUUUGCAAAAGCACGCACCCAGCCACGGGUGUCGAACACGCGAUCACCUGCUGCUUCUUUAGUCAAACAGAAAAAUGCCUCGUUGUAGCUGGAGCGAAUAUCAUCAGAGCUUUCCGUUUGAUACCAGACGUCGAUGGCACCAAGAAAGAAAAAUACACAGAAUCACGACCACCAAAAAUGAAACUGGAAUGUCUGGCCCAAUAUACAUUGCACGGCAACAUAAUGUCCAUGCAGGCGGUCCGCCUUGUUGGAUCCCAAAGGGAUUCUCUUCUCCUGAGCUUCAGAGAUGCAAAACUUUCCGUUGUUGAAUACGACUUGGACACUCAUGAUCUCCGCACAGUAUCGUUGCAUUACUUCGAGGAGGAAGAAAUGCGGGAUGGCUGGACAAAUCAUCACCAUAUACCUAUGGUCAGGGUUGAUCCCGAGGGACGAUGCGCAGUCAUGCUUGUUUACGGUAGGAAAUUGGUAGUUCUUCCCUUUCGCAAGGAUCCGAUUAUCGAUGAUGGAGAUCUGCUUGAGGCCCCCAAGACAUCAUCAUCGCAUAAAACUCCAAUCUUGUCUUCGUACAUGAUUGUUCUGAAAACGCUAGAGGAAAAAAUGGACAACAUAAUAGACUUGCAAUUUUUGCACGGAUAUUAUGAGCCAACUCUGUUGAUCCUUUAUGAACCAGUCAGGACGUUUGCAGGGCGUAUCGCGGUCAGGCAAGAUACCUGCGCUAUGGUUGCAAUAUCCUUAAACAUCCAACAGAAAGUUCAUCCAAUUAUUUGGUCAGUAUCAAAUCUGCCUUUUGACUGCUGCCAGGCAGUUGCUGUGAGAAAACCACUUGGUGGAACUCUCAUCAUGGCUGUAAAUUCUCUGAUUUAUCUUAAUCAGAGUAUCCCGCCAUACGGUGUAUCACUGAAUAGUAUGGCAGAAACCAGCACCAACUUUCCGCUCAAGCCUCAGGAGGGCGUUAAAAUGAGCUUGGAAGGUGCCCAGGUGGCAUUCAUAUCCUCUGAUCGUUUGGUCAUAUCAUUGAAGAGCGGUGAAUUGUAUGUUCUGUCCCUUUUCGCGGACAGCAUGCGAUCUGUUCGUGGUUUUCAUUUUGACAAGGCUGCUGCCAGUGUGUUAACGUCAUGCGUCUGCACAUAUGAAGAUAAUUAUCUGUUUCUUGGUUCUCGGCUUGGAAAUUCUCUAUUGUUGAGGUUCACGGAGAAAGAGCCUGAGAACCCUACAACAACAAUAACGACCAUUCAAAGAGAGGAGGUAACUCUGGACACUGAUGACGAAAACCGUGUCAGUGGAAAUGAUAAUGAAAGUAAAGAUCGUAAUGUUCACGAUGAUACCGAUGAACUCAAUGACGACCGUGAUGAUAAUAAUGAGGAAAAUAGUGGUGAGACACCUGCUAAGAAAUUGAAACAAGACUAUCUUGGUGAUUGGAUGGCAUCCGAUGUAUUAGAUAUCAAAGAUCCUGAAGAGCUUGAAGUUUAUGGUAGUGAAAUGCAAGCUUCUAUGCAAAUAACAUCAUACAUUUUCGAGGUGUGCGACAGUUUAUUGAAUAUAGGACCUUGUGGAAAUAUAUCGAUGGGAGAGCCUGCCUUUUUAUCUGAAGAAUUCUCCCACAAUCAAGAUCCUGACGUUGAACUAGUCACGACUUCAGGAUACGGCAAAAAUGGAGCUCUCUGUGUUCUGCAACGUUCUGUCCGACCUCAAGUUGUCACUACUUUUGAACUACCUGGGUGCGAAGAUAUGUGGACUGUGAUAGGAGCCGUUAAUAACGACGAACAAGCUAAAGCUGAAGCGGAUGGAACGCAUGCUUUUUUGAUUUUAAGUCACGAAGAUUCUACAAUGAUUUUGCAAACUGGCCAAGAAAUCAAUGAAGUGGAUCAUAGCGGCUUCAGUACUCAAGGCACAACAAUAUUUGCUGGAAAUCUUGGGGCAAAUAAAUACAUUGUUCAAGUCACACAAUUGGGUGUUAGACUAAUGCAGGGACUGGAACAGAUUCAACAUAUACCCAUCGAUCUGGGUUGUCCUAUUGUACACGCCAGCUGUGCUGAUCCAUAUGUCACACUUCUCUCAGAAGAUGGUCAAGUGAUGCUGUUAACGCUCAGAGAAACCAGAGGUGCUGCCCGACUGCAUAUUCAUCCUGCUAAUCUUCUCUUUAGACCACAAGUCGAUACCCUUUGUGCGUACAGAGACGUUAGUGGCAUAUUCACAACCCACCAUCCUGACGAUACCGAUGACGCUGGUUCCAGGGAAGAAAAAGUAAUUGAAGAGCCUAUCCUUGCUGGAAGCGUUGAUGAUGAAGACGAUUUGCUGUACGGUGACGCUCCUGCGUUUCAAAUGCCGAUUCCUCCUCGUACCAAAACUCAAGAUGGAACUAACAAAAAAUCUCCAUGGUGGCAAAAGUCCCUUCAAGAAGUAAAACCCACAUAUUGGCUACUGAUUUAUCGAGACAGCGGUACUCUAGAAAUUUAUUCUCUCCCGGAACUAAGAUUAUGUUAUCUUAUUCGUAAUUUUGGAUAUGGACAAUACGUUUUACACGAUAGCAUGGAAUCUACAACACUGCAAAUGUCCCAAACGAAUGAAAUUCCUUGUCCUGAGAUGCAGGUUCGCGAAAUUCUCAUGGUUUCACUUGGUCAUCAUGGGAGCAGGCCUAUGUUACUCGUUAGGAUGGAUUCGGAAAUACAAAUCUAUCAAGCAUACAGGUAUCCCAAAGGACACUUAAAGCUGCGGUUCAAAAAAUUAGAACAUUCCAUGAUACCAGGCCAGAUAAGGCCAAAUCCCAAGAAGGAAAGUGAACCUAACAUAAGCACAACUAGAGUCUGCAUGAUGCGCUACUUCAGCAAUAUCGCUGGAUACAACGGAGUGUUUAUCUGUGGUGGAUACCCACAUUGGGUAUUUCUUACAGGAAGAGGUGAAUUGCGAGCACACCCUAUGGGUAUUGACGGAGCCAUAACAUCAUUUGCUCCAUUCAAUAAUGUCAACUGCCCACAAGGCUUUCUUUACUUCAAUGGGAAGGAGGAGCUGAGGAUUUGUGUUUUGCCCACCCAUUUGUCAUACGACGCUCCUUGGCCAGUGAGAAAAGUUCCGCUACGCUGUACUCCACAUUUUGUCACUUAUCAUCUUGAGAGUAAAACGUAUUGCGUCAUAACAAGUAUAGCAGAACCUUUGAAGAGUUAUUACAAAUUCAAUGGUGAAGACAAGGAAUAUACAGAGGAAGAGCGUGAUGAACGUUUCCUAUACCCGGCUCAAGACCAGUUCAGCAUAGUUUUAUUUUCCCCCGUUUCUUGGGAGACGAUUCCUAAUACCAAAAUAGAACUGGAUCAAUGGGAACACGUUACUUGUCUGAAAAAUGUUUCACUAGCUUAUGAAGGGACAAGAUCUGGUCUAAAGGGUUACAUUGUACUUGGAACCAACUACAACUAUGGUGAAGAUAUAACCAGCAGGGGAAGGAUACUUAUAUUUGAUAUUAUCGAAGUCGUGCCAGAGCCGGGACAGCCCCUGACAAAGAAUCGAUUUAAACAAAUUUAUGCGAAGGAACAAAAGGGUCCAAUUACGGCUAUAACUCAAGUUUCAGGCUUUUUAGUAUCAGCUGUUGGACAAAAGAUUUACAUAUGGCAACUCAAAGACAAUGACUUGGUUGGGGUUGCCUUCAUUGAUACGCAAAUAUACAUUCAUCAAAUGCUAAGCAUUAAGAGUUUGAUACUCGUUGCCGACGUUUACAAAUCUAUCAGUUUGUUGAGAUUUCAAGAAGAAUACAGAACAUUGUCCCUUGUCAGCAGAGAUUUUAGACCAGCAGAAGUUUACACAAUAGAAUAUUUGAUUGACAAUAACAACUUGGGUUUUUUUGUUGCUGAUGGUGAAAACAACUUGGCAUUAUUUAUGUAUCAGCCAGAGUCUAGAGAAAGUCUUGGAGGUCAAAAAUUGAUUAGAAAAGCUGAUUUCCAUUUAGGGCAAAAGGUCAAUACCUUCUUUCGUAUAAGAUGCAAACUUGAUAAUCCAGGCAAUGAUCGAAAGCAUUUCAGUGGAGCUGACAGAAGACAUAUUACUAUGUAUGCUACCCUAGAUGGGAGUUUGGGCUAUGUACUUCCGGUACCAGAAAAAACUUAUCGACGACUGCUGAUGUUACAAAAUGUUCUCGUUUCUCACAUUUCACAUACAGCAGGAUUAAACCCCAAAGCUUACAGAACAUAUAAAAGCUACGUCAGAAUGCAAGGAAAUCCUGCCAGAGGUAUUAUCGACGGUGACUUGGUUUGGAAAUAUCUCUUCUUACCCAACAAUGAGAAGGUAGACGUUGCUAAAAAAAUAGGUACACGAGUACAGGAAAUAAUUGAGGAUAUCACAGAUAUUGAUCGUCAAACUGGUCACUUUUGAGAAGAGGACUGAGCUCUUGGAAUAAUUGUAAAAAAAUGCCAAGAUAUUAGAAAUAGCACUACAAGAUGUUUUGCAAGCAGAUCCCUAUAAUGCAAUAUAAUGGACUGUUACAUGAAACACUGUUCGCACAUUCCAUUGUCAUGUAUACGAAUAUUGACAAUGAGUAUGAACUGUAUAAGUACAGUGAAUCACUAUCCUGCAAUACAUAAAAUUGAGCUUCGUUUCCUUCGACUUGAAAAGUUGGUUGUUCAACAACAUUCUGCGACUUAAUUGAAUUCACACAUUGCUCACAGUUAAGAUUUGUAUCUAAUCGACAAGAUAUUUAACAUUAAAGGCACCAACUCGAUCCAAUCAUGAAUUAGUUAGAAUAUAUUUGAUCCGACGCUGUUGAUACAUUUUUAAAAGCAUGUGUAUAUUCAGUAAUAUUAGCUCGAAUUUGCUACCAGCAAUGUAUUAAACGUGAGCGACGAUACCAUAAUAUAUGUACAAACUACAUUCUACGGAAUCAAUAAAUGACUGGUUAUUAUUUUA